GACAAAAAUAAUGACAUUGGAAUAAUGUCCACAAUUCAAGAAUCAACGGCCCGGCUGUGAGUGGUUUGGGUCUGCCACCUGUGAUAUUUUUCUUUGAGGGCAUUCUCCCAGCGUAAUGCGAGAGUAGUUGUAGGAUCGAGAAUGAAGAGUCAAAGUAGCUGGUAGAUCCCUGGGCUGCCUCUCUGGAUGGUUUCCUUGCAAACUAGCAUACUUCAAGUUUGUCUUUGCAGAAAAUAAAUUGUGAGGUUUGGAGUUGAGCCUUCCCGUACGAGGCACUGGCAGCAGCAGCAUUCGGGCAGCUAAUCGUCAAGCACGAUGGGGACAAUCAGUAUGCUGAAAUCUGCGGGGACAUACCCAACCUAUGUCCUGUUCAUCCUGAUGUUGGUCUAUCUUGUCAAUCAAAUGGACCGUUAUGUGUUGGCUGUGUCAAGCAAGCCCAUGGCAAAGGACAUACACUUUGGAGAUCGAAUAUGUGAACUGACCAAUGGUAGCAAGUCAGCUGCUUGCAACGCAACAGACGAAGCCAGCUGUGUCAGUAGCUUCAUCCAUGUAUCCAAUAACAGUAACGACACUAUGGCUUGCGACUGGGCGUACAGCGGCACUGGAAUUGAGUACGAGGUGCUCGCCGGUCCCGUCUUCAUCGUGAUGUUCACGCUGGUUGGCGUCACGCUCAGUCCGUUGGCUGACCGCAAGAAGACCAACCGCCGCUCUUGGCUAGGCAUUGCCGUGGCGAUGUGGUCACUGAUGAACGUGCUGGCAUCGUUCUCAACGGCCUAUUGGCAACUGGUCCUGACUAGACUUGGCCUGGGCGUAUUUGAGGCAAUAUGUACACCGUUCGCCGUCAGUCUUAUCAAUGACUACUUUGACAAAAAUCUACAAGGCACGGCUCUGGGGGUCUACAAUUGGGGUAUCUACAUAGGGUUUUCAAUGGCCUUUGCACUGAAGCUGCUCAUCAAGUCAGUCGGUUGGAGGUGGACGUUCCGAGUGUCCGGUUUCCCGGGUAUUCUCCUGUCAGCAGUCAUGUUCCUAACCGUAAAGGAGCCGACAAGGAGAUCCCUGUCGCUGUCGCCAGAGCCGUCGAUGGAUAGUUCUGAUGAGCUCGUGCCGAAGAAACGGGUGUCCAAGUGGAGCCGUUUGAAGUCAAUGGUGCGCGAGCUGAUGCGCUUCGAGAUCAUCCUGGUGGCGCUGACGUCCGGCGUGCGCUCGGCGGGGGGUUACGUCCUGGCUUACAGCGUCAACCAGUACUUCUCCGAGCACGACGUCAACGUGGCGUUCUACAUGUCCUGGGUACCGCUCGUUGGAGGUGUGCUGGGCGCUGCGAUUGGUGGCUUUGCCUCGGACCGCCUUUCAAAGAAGUACGGCCUGCAAGGUCGCCUCAUGUUGCUGGUCGGAUCACAGCUUCUUGCCGUUCCGUUUGCGUUCGGUGUGGUCUACCUGCCCAACCCGGUGAUGGCCUUCAUCUCGCUGCUCAUCACGUUUGUGUUUGGCGAGGCUUACCUUGGAGUGGCCAUUGCCAUAGUAACGACGGUUGUGUCGUCGCGUGCUCGCACGUUUGCCGUUGCCGUCUUCAUCUUUGUGAUCAGUAACAUUGGCGGGAAUGCGACGCUGCUAGUGCCGACGAUGAACGCCGCGCUACCACACGGCUUACAGGACACGCUGACCAUUCUCUAUUGCUCGGGGUACAUCAUUGCUGCCUUAUCCUUCUUCAUCACACUAAUGAAGCUGCGGCAGGUGCAAGAGUUACACACGCCGUCGUCCGUGUUGCUCGAUGCCGCUCUGGACGCAGAUGAAGAGUUUGAGUACCCGUCUAGUCCUGUCGACGACGGCGACGACCGCUCGGCCACCUCACCACUGAUCCUUAACCAGCGCCGCAGCACUAGCAACACCAGACUCAUGCCACGGCAAGCGUCACUGACGCAGGUCGACGAUCGCGAUAUGGCCGAGUGCCAGAGCUGGUCUCAGGCCAUUGCCGUCAACUGGCGGCGUAGCUCCGUCGAGAGUAGACAGCAGGCUGCAGCACACAGCGCUCCCACCACAUAUGGCGACGAGAUGAAGACGUAUCGAAGUACUGACGACGUGCAGCGUGCCCCUAAGACAAUACAUCAUGAGGACGACGAUGAGGACUUUGAUGACGCGUUUCAGCCGUCGAUCAGAAAUAACACGGACGAUGAUUAGGUGCCUGGCCGGUGGGUGUUGUAAGAUGUGUGAUUGACUCUGGGCUGUGUGCUCGACAGCUUUACGGCAAGUCAUGCUUCAUGGACUUGCCUGGUGUAUGUGAGGUAUACGUUGCUUUGGCUUCUGGAGUUUGAUUCAGUCACUGGGUGUUUCUGUGAGCAAUUCCUGGCUUCCAGUGAGCCUUUCUCUGCUCCCAUAGAUGAACAACAUCACGCUUCAAUAUCCCAAGUUACAGCUACAAAAAUAGAGGCAGUUCCCUCUGCUGCUAACUUUUGUUUUGUCUGCAGUUGCUAUGUGUUGGGCUGUGUAUGGCUGCUGCAUGCAGCUGGCCCUGUUCUAGCAGGCAAUUGACCUACCCUGUACUAUUGCUGGGCAUUGUCAUUUCAGCCAGCUUUCCCUGAUACGUUUCGUUAUCCACGGGUGCUCUGCCUAGAUUUAACUUUUGGUUUCUAAAGGCCCUGGCCUACAGACCGAUUGGUCUGUGCGAACGUUGAACAAUGCUUUGUGUAGCUUGAUCCACGUUAUAUUUAUUACCUAGAAGUCCUUGUUCAGGAUGUGAAAGUCAUUCCCGUAUCGCCACCACGACGUCUUCCUUAUAUUUUUUAAAGUCAUUCCCAUUUAACAUCCCUUUUAUCUUGUUAUCUUUAUCUACGGUUUUGUGCUGCCACUUUAUGAAGAUCCUAGCAAGUUCGAUGUUUUUUAUUGUAAUAGUUUAUUUUAUUUAUUCUUGUAGUGUGGGGGCAAAAAGGUGUCGGAUGUGUGUCAGUAGCAGGGAGUCGUAUGGGUCUAUACGACUCCCUGGUCAGUAGAAUGAAUCUGAUGUAUCAGCAGUUGUUUGUAGCACCUCGCUGCCCAGUCCCUGCAAAGGCCAUGUAACUUCCAGGGUACGGGUGUUCCUGGCUGCCCACCCGAAGUCCCAGAAAAUUCUCUCUAUCUUGUUUUUGAAUAAACUUUUCAUUUGUUUCGGAAAUUUUUAUAAUAUUAGUAGUGAAGUCUGAUCUACAACAUCA